AUGGCGAGACUGAACACAACAAAUUUCGCUAGGCUUUUCGCCUACUCAAUUCUAAGGACUAUACUACAGAAGCUAGAUUACCGCCAACCAAUCGAAUUCGAUGCAGUGAAUGCGGCUAAAGAGGAACAGCGACGUGAACGAGCCACGACACACCAUGGCGCUACCCUCUCCAACCAGGGGCAACCCCCCAAGAGAGUCGAAGUUGGAGAUCCGCGUUUCGAUCCACUGCACCUGCUCUUCUCGUGCCAUUGUGGAAUGUUCAAUACCCAUGCGCAAGUGGGCCUGCCUGGUCUGCGCUGUGAUCUCGCUCGUUCUAAACCUGUCAAAAAUCUUUUCGAACUAGCUAAUGUCGCCUCAAUUGCUUUGCACCCUAAGUGGUGGGGGGGACGACAGGAAAAAAGCCGAGCUCUGAAUAAGGAGUCGCGCUAUUUGACUAUUCAUGGCCUUGCAACAGCAAUUCAUGCACACAGCAAGUUCCGUUUCGACUACCCAACCGCCUUAAAAGCCCAUGAGGACGUGGUACUGCCCCAUCCUCCGUUGCUCACGAUCCCGGCUACGACAUCGAGUUAUACUAUCGCAUGGCAAUGGCACGACGCUUCCAGGUCACGUCGCAGUCGUCGGAUGUUGACAUGCCAGGUAAUCCGAUAA